AUGGUUCGACGUUUCCAACACGGCAUGGAGCCCACUUUCUACGACGAGCAGUAUCCCAGCAACGUUUCAGUGGAGAACCUGAAACGACCACUAACUUUGGACGUGGGGCGGGGCGGCAAGCGAGCGAGAUUCGCCGCGCCUGUCCUCUCCUCUCCAGACCUACAGAUGUUGAAACUCGCCUCACCGGAGCUCGAGAAGCUGAUCAUCCAGAACGGCAUGAUCACCACGGCAACUCCUACUCCUGGCAAUAACGUGCUAUUCCCCCCCGCGGUUCAGCCGACAGAAGAGCAAGAAAUGUACGCGCGCCCGUUUGUUGAAGCGCUGGACAAGUUGCAUCACUCGGAGCCGAUGCCACCGAUCAACAGGCGUGUGUACGCGGACCUGGACAGGCCGCUGGAACGUUACCCCACUCCAAUGGUUAAGGACGAACCGCAAACAGUGCCCAGUGCCGCGAGUACGCCCCCUCUAUCUCCUAUUGAUAUGGAUUCGCAGGAGAGAAUCAAACUAGAACGCAAAAGGCAAAGAAAUCGGGUAGCAGCUUCCAAGUGCAGACGGCGAAAGCUUGAAAGGAUCUCUAAGUUAGAAGACAAAGUGAAGAUCCUGAAGGGAGAGAAUGUGGAACUAGCGUCGAUGGUGGUGAAACUUAAAGAACACGUGCACCGGUUAAAAGAGCAGGUUCUGGAGCAUGCCAACGGUGGCUGCCACAUCGAUUCUCACUUCUGA